UAUUCGGCAUCAUGUCUGGAAGAGGUAAAGGCGGAAAAGGACUCGGGAAAGGAGGCGCCAAGCGUCACCGCAAAGUGUUGCGUGAUAACAUCCAGGGAAUCACCAAACCCGCAAUCCGUCGUCUCGCUCGCCGUGGCGGUGUCAAGCGUAUCUCCGGUCUGAUCUACGAGGAGACUCGCGGUGUGUUGAAGGUGUUUCUGGAGAACGUUAUCCGUGAUGCCGUCACCUACACUGAACACGCCAAGAGAAAGACCGUCACUGCCAUGGACGUUGUGUACGCGCUGAAACGACAGGGACGAACUCUGUACGGAUUCGGAGGAUAAACGACUUUAUUCAGGAGAAAUCAGACCAACCCAACGGCUCUUUUAAGAGCCACCCACAAUCUCACACAAAGAGUUGAUGACUACAGCAAGUAGAACUUUUCUGAGUUAUAAUAAAGAAAAUAUUUCAUGUAAAAAUAAUUCAUGUUUUCUCUCUGAACAAUCUCACGGAAUCAAAACGAUCAUAGUUUAAUGAGAUUAAUUAUUUUACAUUCUGAAGUUUCUUUGGAGAUCAGUAUGAACUUUCUGUAACAGAAGUUUAUAAUGAAUAACAGCAUCGUCUUUCCAAGAAU